GAUGGUUGAUGACAAUGGGAGUAACUGGGAGGAAUUACUUGAUCCCAUUUUGUUUUCUUUGCGAACUAACGUACACGCAACAACAAAAAUGUCGCCCUUUCGACUAAUGUUUUGUGCUGACCCAGUGCUUCCAGAAGAAGUCUCAGAGAAUUACACAAUCCCAGAUAUGAAUACAUUCGGGGAAGAUUUCUGCAAAGAGUACAGCACAAAUAUGAAAUCGAGACAUGAUGCUGACAUUGAACUGGCUCUAAGUAACAUCUCUAAAGCACAAGAGAAACAACAAAGACAUUCUGCUGAAAGAAAGACUUCUAAAUAUGGGGAAAUAACAUUUGGUGUUGGGGACUGUGUCCUGUUACUGAAUGCUAGAAAGAGAACAAGAAAAGGAGGAGUACUGGAACCUACCUAUCGGGGACCUUACAGAAUUACAACUGUGGAGGGUGAGAGAGUGAAAUUACAAACCCUGUCAGGAAAACGGUUAGGAGCCAUGUACAGCAUCACACAUUUAAAACCAUUUAAAGAGCCACCAACAUUAGGUGCUGAGAGCACAUCAGAGGAAAACAUCGGCACUGAAAUUGCAGUUGGUGACACUGACCCAGAAACCCCCUCAGAAGAGAGUCGAAAGAUGGAUGGCACUUUAUCCCACAAGUCUCAUGACAGCACAGUGAAAAACAGAGCAGUCACCGCAAUGGAAGAAGAGGAUGUUUCAAACAGUGAUACAAUUGAUGAUGAUGAUGAUGAUGAUGAUAUUGAUGACAUGCUUAUGGAGGACGGGGAAGACAGACAAUGGUUUCUGAAAGGUCGAGUCUGAUUCUUGCAAGAGGUGGGCACAUCUGCCCUGCAUUCCAGAAGGAACCAAUCGAGAAAACCUGACGGAUGA